AUGAGUGGUGGUUUGUGGGUCUUUGUGAAGCACCAAGACACACCAAUAGUCAAGGCCAAUAACAGGACUCUCAGCUACAUCCUGCUCAUCUCCCUCCUCCUCUGCUUCCUCUGCUCCUUUCUCUUCAUUGGGCGUCCACACCCAGUCACCUGCAUCCUCCAGCAAAUCACAUUUGGACUUGUGUUUACUGUGGCUCUUUCCACUGUGUUGGCAAAAAAAAUUCUUGUACUAUUGGCAUUCAAAUCCAUAAAGUCAGGAAGAACCAUGAGGUGGCUGUUGGCAUCAGGGGCUUCUAACUAUGUCAUUCCCAUCUGCACUCUUGUCCAAGUGGUUAUCUGUGGCAUGUGGCUUGGGCUGUCUCCCCGCUUCAUUGAUGUAGACACACGCUCUGAGCCCAGGCACCUGCUCAUCGUGUGUAACAAGCUCUCAGUUGCUGCGUUCUACUGUGUGCUGGGAUACCUGGGCUCCUUGGCCCUGGUCAGCUUCUCCUUGUCCUACCUUGUCCGCAACCUGCCUGACGCCUUCAAUGAAGCCAAGUUCUUGACCUUCAGCAUGCUGGUGUUCUGUAGCGUCUGGGUGACCUUUCUGCCUGUCUACCGCGGUGCCCAGGGUAAGCUCAUGGUGGCCUUGGAGAUCUUCUCCAUCUUGGCCUCCAGUGCUGGUCUCCCAGCGUGCAUCUUUGCUCCCAAGUCUUACAUCAUUCUGAUCAGACCUGACAAGAACUCUUUGAAACAUCUAAAGAAUAAAAUGGACCCCAGGAGAAAUGGACAUACUUAG